UAUGACUCUGAAUGAAAUUGCUGCCACUGAGCCAUACUGUAUAUAGCUCUAUAUCCCUGUGACUCGCGCCUGUUGAUGACGAAACCGCGGCUUAGCCGGUGCCCCACUGAUGACAGAUCCAAUCGUCCGACUGCUUCCUCGGGGAAACCCACAUCAUUGCGUCCCUCGAGGAACCUGCCUAUGCUCGAAACAUCGCGGCUUCGGGUUCCAGAUUCGUCGCUGAAUACACCAUACCGUUGCCUCUGAACAACGAGGCUCUUCAUUGGUCUAUUCGUACACGGAUGAGCCGGCGCCCGUUGGUCAACGUCCACGUCGAUCAAGAAUGAAUGGGCGGGGCAUCUUGAGCUUUCGGGUUUGACUGGUGAAACGAAAUGCCAAUCAACGAGUGGGCGGGUCUCGUUGUGUAAGGCCCCUCCCUAUUGGCUCCAGGUUGACCAGGCCCUGGUUUGUGGGUGAUAUUCUAAACUCUUUGUUUCUCGCUCUGUGUAUUGUCAGUGAUAUUCCGAUUAACUAGCCGAUAAUUCAAUGGAUUCCAGUUAUACUGCAGGCUGUGCAUCAAGAGCCCCGAAGGAAUCCCUGUGAAAUUAUGACAAAACAAAGGACUGCUGAUGCUGGAGGCCUGAAACACAACCAGCAGGAAUGUGAUCAUCAUCUCAAGAGUCAUUCAAGGGUUCUACUCUUCUCUUCAUGUCUGUAGAUUGUGUAAAGAUGGAGGACUUGCCUGAACUGUACAUCAUCUUACAAGGCGAGGUUGCAUCUGUAACAGAAUAUGGAGCAUUUAUUAAAAUUCCUGGUUGCAAACGGCAAGGUCUGGUCCACAAAUCACACAUGUCAGCAAGCCAUGUGGAUAAUCCCUCUGAGAUCGUUGAUGUUGGAGAAAAGGUCUGGGUUAAAGUAAUUGGGAAAGAGGUAAAGGAUGGCAAAGUCAAGCUUUCCCUUUCAAUGAAGUCUGUUAACCAGGGAUCUGGGAAGGACCUCGAUCCCAAUAACGUUAUUCUUGACCAGGAUGAGAGGAGGAAGCGCAAGUUCAAAGACUUUACAGGGCAGAAGAUAAAACUUGAAGCGGUUCUAAACACAGUUUGCAAAAAAUGUGGAUGUAAAGGACAUUUUGCAAAAGACUGCUUCAUGCAGCCUGGGGGUGUUAAAUACAGCCUUGUUUCUGAUGAUGAGGUGGAACCAGCUGACUGCUCCAGCCAAUCUGAAUUUCAACCUCCAAAGAAGAAAAAGAAGGAUAAAGUAAAGAAACAGAAGAAAAGUAAAGGCAAGUUACCUUUGUCUGAUUCUAAUUCUUCUGAAUCGUUGGACUCAAACAGUGAGGAGGACAAUCCAGCUGUCAAGGCACAUAAGCAUUUGGAAAAAAUUGAACGAUCGCACAAGAAGAAAAAGCAUAAAAAGCACAAGCAUAAGAAAUCCAAAAAGAGAGAUUAAGUCAUAGUAUCUAGUGCAGAAAACUGGAAAUUUUACACUUGUGAUCAAGCUGUGUAUGAAAUCUCCACUCCAACAGUUUGGAAUGAUGUGUUCUUAUUUUCUUAGUAAUUUCCUCUUAUUGUAUUUGCUCCCAAGUCUGAACUGAAUUUUGAAAUACACCAAAUGUGUUAUUUUGCUGUGGGAAAAGGUUAUUACAAAAUGAAACCGAUUAUUUAUUUUCUCUUUAAAUAUUUUCCAUGUCAUGUGCAAUGCACAAUGGUUUGGACUGAUGAAUGAUGAAAUUUGGAUGAUAAAUUAAAUCCCUUGCCCGUGUAACUGCAUUGAGUAAAAAUAAUGUAGAAAUACUUAAUCCAAGUCGUUCAAAAUUCCUUUACCUCCUAUUUUAAUGAAGUUGUAAACUACUUAUUUUGAAUGAAAUAACAUCUUCAUUAAAAAAACUAGGCAAAAGGAAAAAGAACUUGUCACCAGUAUAGUAAAUGUUCAUACACUAGCACCACGUUAUCAGUCCACUGCAGUGCAUUGAUAAUAUUCAAUGAUUUUAUUACAUUACCAUAUCUGUAAUAUAACUAAACCGAUUUUAAUAGAAUGGGAUUAGCUUUGAUUUUUAGUUGGAGAUCAAACCUUUUCAAUGAAUAGAAUGUUUGAAAGCAUAUGUUCAAUGACAAAGCAGUGUAGCAGAUUGAGAUAUUUCUGGAACAUCCUGUUUUGGUAAUGCAUGUUACCCUUUCCGCAGAUAGUGCCAGAUCUAUUAGGUUUCUCCAGCAUGUUCUCUUUCUAUUUCAGAGUCCCAGAAUCUGCAGUAUUCUGCUUUUAUUAUUUUAUGUUGGUGUACUUUAGUUUAAAGGUACAGCGGUCAUAGUCCUGUUGUCUCAUUAGAGUGAGACGACUGGUGGUGAGUCUAACCUGAGGGUCACCACACCUUUGGAUGGACAAGGUUGAGAAGGCAGGGCCUUCUGAUGAUCUCAGCCAGUACUGGAAUCAUACCCGCACUGCUGGCAUCACUCUGCAUCGCAAGCCAGCAUUCCAGCCAACUGAGCUAACCAACUGACUGUUGCACAUCCGUCCUCCCCAACUCCUUAUACACGUUUGAAGUUUUCUUUCUUUUUUACUUUUUUCAAAAGUAAUCAUUUAGUGUACUCUGUAUAUCAGGCAAAACUAACCUGUGUUAUGGUAAUCCCAUAAGUAGAUUGCAGGUUUGACAUGUUCCAGAAAUGAGUGCAGGGCUAGGGAUAUGGCAUGCUCUGUGGAUCUGUUACAUUGGUAGGCAAAUUGAAGGGGAUUGAAGCGUACUGGGAGACUGGAGUUGAUGUGGAUCAUGACGAGCUUUUCAAAGUACUUGAUGAUUAUUGAGAUCAGAGCGACUGGGUGGUUGUCAUUAAGACACAUGUUGAUUGAUUUGCGUCCUGAACAGCAACAUCCAGUGUGUUAUUCUUUUCUAAUUAAUAAACAAUAAGUCCUCCACACUUGA